AUGGCCGCCACCACCACGCCCAGCACGAGUCCCCUCUCCAACUUCCUCUGGGGAGAGGAGAGGCUCAAGCGCCGCUGCGAGAUCCUGGCCGCCGUCACCCAGAACCCGAUCUUCACGCAACCCCGGAACACGCAUGGGCUGUCGAGGAAGGAUCUGUGGACGCUGCGCCUCCAGCAGAGCGUGGAGCUGCUUGACCUCAAGUUCAAGCUCGGCUGGUCGAAUCAGCAGUUUGUCGAUGCGACCAAGAUCGCGGGGGAUCUGCUGUCCAUUGGGGUGAAUUAUCGCAUCUUCCUCCGAAACCUCGAGGCACAGAUGAGCCCCGAGCAGAAAGCAUAUUGGCUCCCUAAGGCUCAGCGGUAUGAGAUCAGUGGUUGCUACGCGCAGACGGAGCUGGGCCACGGGAGCAAUGUCCGAGGCAUCGAGACGACAGCGACCUUUGACCCGACGACGGACGAGAUUGUGGUGAACUCGCCCACGCUGUCGAGCCACAAGUACUGGAUCGGGUCACUGGGGAUCCUGGCCACGCACGCCCUCAUCAUCGCGAGGCUGAUCGUCCGCGGACGCGACCUGGGCAACCACGUCUUCCUCGUCCAGGUGCGCGACCUCGACACCCACGACCUCAUGCCCAACGUGCGCAUCUACGAGCAGGGCGAAAAGGGCAUGGGCACCUUCGCCUCGAUGGACAACGGCGUCAUGGCCUUCACCAACUGCCGCAUCCCCCGCGCCAACAUGCUGGCCGGCAUGGUCUCGCUGGACGCCGACGGCACGUACCACGCGGCCAAGAACUCGAAGCACGCCUACACCUCCAUGGUCAUCAUUCGGGGCCUGAUGUCCGAGGAGCUGGGCACCGAGGUGGCCAAGGCGGCCAUCAUCGCCUUGAAAUAUGCCCAGUUCCGUCGGCAGUUCAACCCCAAGGACGGGCAGGAGAGGAGGGUGAUUGAGUAUGCUAGCGUGCAGAAUCGAUUGUUUCCCGCGUUGGCACGGUCUGUGGCUAUGAUGCUGCUUGGUCGCGAGAUGAGGGCCCGCAUCGACAACAUCGUCAACGAGAGUCUUGAGGAUCUGCACCUGCAGACCGUCGGGGCAAAGAUCUGGGCCAGUGAGCACGGCGUCCGCGAUGUCGAGGUGGCCCGUCUCACCUGCGGUGGACACGGAAACAUGGCCAGCGCGGGACUCGGUCCUCUCUACGCACAGCUCUCUCCGUCGAGGACAUAUGAAGGCGAGACCUACGUCCUCUCGCAACAGAUUGGGAAUGCCGUCGUGAAACACUGGAAAAAUAAAUCCGAACAGUCCAUCACCGCCCUCUCGUACCUAGCCCGUCUCAGAGACAACAGCCGCAUGUCGCAGCGCCUGCGAGUCGUUGGCGCCGACGGCUGGUUCAACCGGGACGUGCAAGAGGACUUCCUCGAGCACCGGGCGGCGGUCCUCGCGCAACGGCAUCUCGCCGACGUCGCGGCCGGCAAGGACACCAGCUACGACGUUUUCGAGCUGACCAUGGCGCACGCCGACCUCACCUACUGGCGAGGCCUGCAGACGCAGGUCAAGCAGACCGCCGGCGGCCGGAGUGACAGGGAGACCAUGGAGGCGUUGGCGGACGUGUUCUCCUUCACGACCAUGCUCGAAGGCCUCUCCGCCUUCGCCGGCUCCCCGUACCUCACGACCGACGACGUCUCCUCCCUCCGCGCCGCGCACACCACGGCCAUCGCCCGCUUCGCGACGGGUGGCCACGCCGACGCCCUCGUCGCCGCCUUCGGCUUCACCGAGUUCGAGCUCAACAGCGUCUUCGCCCGUGCCUCCGAGACGCCCUACGAGGGCCUGCUCGACGUCGCCCGCCGCAGCGACUUGACGGACAACACCUUCGUCCGGCCCACGCUGCUCAAGGCCCGGAGUCUGUGGAAGAAGUACGAGAGGGCGAAAUUGUAG